ACCCACACAACCCCUUUCAAGUGUGAACCAUUGUGUGGGAUGGUUUAUUUUAGUACAUUCCUCUGUCCUGUCUUCCAACAUUUAGAUAUGGCACCCACACAUGCAUUCAUGCACUGUAUAAAAGCACCAGACCUAGACAGAGGGUAUGCAACAGACCUUUAUUGCUCUAUCGUCUUUGGCUCAAUGAUGCAGUGCUACAUUGCUGGUUCCAUUAUUGGCCUCAUUCUUUUGACAAGUGGGAUUAAAGCUCAAUUUGAUUCGGGAGCAGGGGAUAUUUUUAGUUUGCAAGUUACUCAGGAUGUGUGCCUUGAAAGGGGAUCUAGGAACUACAAUUACCUUCAGUACCUUAUUGUUGGUACUCACCCUUACUAUCCUCUUAAACGAUCUCUGUUACAGUUUGAAGAUCUUCCGUCCAAUUGUACACACGUUCACUGGGCCAAAAUGUAUGUGUAUUUCGCAUAUGCACACAAACCAAGCUUUCUGUCGGUGACACAAGUACCAUACAUUUCUCGACCACUGCAAGUACAUCAGGUAUUGUAAAAACCUACGCUUUACAAAAUACAUUGAGCUUCUGUUAAUGCAGGUGAGGCAGAACUGGUCUGAAUCUGAAGCUACCUCAACCUUUCGUGUCUCUGGUCAGCGAUGGAAUCAGCCAUGGCUCGCUCUGGAUGGUAGUGAUGCUGAUCCCAAUGGCCUUCUGUGUUAUCCUGUUACUAUCUACACCAGCAGGCCUGCAGGUUUCGUUGAAUUUGACAUCACUGAAGCAUUGCGCAACUGGCAAAGUGGAGAUCCCAACUAUGGUGUUCUACUACUGGCAACAAACGAGAAUACCCUUGGAAGAGGCAUCAGAUUCUAUAGUAAUGCUAGUGGGAACUCACGACAGCAUGCAUUUGUCCAUGUGCUCUGUGACUAGAGAGCAGCCUGUUUGCUAUAUAAUUAUGAACACGAUUAUCUUUGGUGUAUAGGUAUAUACUAUUGAUUAUGUUGGCAGCAUAAAAAU